AUGUUCUCUCCCGAUUUGGAAACGGAUACCACUGCGGAAGACACRGCGCCCAACACCCCCAAUGAUGGAGAGGAUGCACCGGCCAGCAUUGAUGUACUGGAGGAGCAGCGGCCUGUGAAGCAGUCACUGAGUGCCUGUAUGUGUCGAGAGUCCCACUGGCGCUGCCUUCUCCUCUCCCUACUCAUGUACAGCUGCCUUGGCACUGUGGCUUGGUGCCAGCUCACCCGAGUCACAAAGCUCAGCUUCGACUCAUCCGUCACCUCCCUGACAGCCUCCAUUUCCUCACUCAGAGGGGUUGGCCUGGGAGGCCGCUCUAUGAUUUACCAUGACAGCCCCUGCUCUGACGGCUACGUGUACAUCCCUCUGGCCUUCCUGUUCAUGCUCUAUGUCGUCUACCUGGUAGAGUGUUGGCACUGCCAGGCUUGCAGUGAGCUACAGUGUAAGGCUGAUGUGGAUAGCGUAUAUGAGCGGGUAUUGCGGAUGCGACAGGCUCGUCCGUGUGUUUGGUGGAAGGCCAUAAGUUACCAUUUUGUUCGGAGGACCAGACAGGUGACCCGCUACCGGAACGGGGAUGCCUACACCACCACCCAGGUCUACCAUGAGCGGGUCAACACACACGUGAGGGAGGGAGAGUUUGACUACAGUCGCUGUGGUAUGCGGGACGUCUCACGGCAUCUACGUGGACUGGAGAGCCACCCGGCGACAAGACUUCGUUUCACCAAGUGCUUCAGUUUCGCUGGGGCCGGACCAGAAAAUAAUUACCUCAACCAACGUGCCAGGUUCUUCUCAGAGAUUGAGGGUUUGGAUGACUACAUGGAGGCUCGGGAAGGGAUGCAACUGAAAAACGUGGACUUUAAAGAGCACCUGAUAGCCUACGUGGACCCUGACCGGUUGCCCUGGUAUACUUCUCAGGUGGCGUUCUGGUUCACUGCUCUGCUCAUGCUGUCCUGGCCCCUGAGGGUGCUUAUAGAGUACCGUACAGCCUUUGUGCACUACCAUGUUGAGAAGCUCUUUGGGCUGGAGUACAGCCACAGCAGCCCCUCUCCAACAGAGGAGGAGGUUCCCAUCAGGAGUGGUCUCCCUCGGGUAGAUACCGUGGACAGCACUGAGCUGGAGUGGCACAUCCGCUCCAACCACCAGUUGAUCCCCAGCUACUCAGAAGCCAUGCUGAUGAACCUGAGGGCUUCGGACUCUGGUACAGCUGAUGACACCAGGUCCUCUAACUGCUUCCUGCUAGACAGCCACCCAGCCCAGAGCUAUAGCACGCUGGUGCAGGACUGUGAGCACUGCUGCCAGCUUCAGGGCGAGGUUGGACAGAGGCGGGCCACCACCAGCUCCAGCUGUUCCUCCAUCUUCUCCCAUCAGGCCUUUCACUCCCGCCUCUCCCUGGACACCUCACACUUCUCACUGUGCCGGAUGUACGGCUCUCGGCGCACCGUAGGCCUGUGGAGGAGCCGCAGCAGCACACUGACUGACCGCUGCUGUGUGGAUGAGCAGUGUUGCCAUUCCUACUCCAGCCAGCUGGCUCUCAACGAGAGCCCACCCAGCUACCGGGACGCACGCUUCUUCCCCGUCCUCAUUGUGCACCGACCCGAGGGCUGCGGUAGUGGUGACUCCACCACAGAAGUGCGGCGCUAUUAUGUCCGCCGGGGGUCCUGCUGCCUGGAGACCUCACUCUGAGGGACUAAGAGACAUUUGACUGAUUCAGUAACAAUAUAUUCCAAAUUAGCUGUUUUGAGAGUCCAAGAGCAUAUAAAGACUGUUCUGUUGACAGCACUGACAUUGUGUUACUCACUGGCUCUGUGCUGUAUGCUCAGAUUCAUAUAAAGGCUGCAUAGUUCUCAGUCUCUUGUGCAUGUUGGAUCUGUAUUGGUAUUAUCUCCUGCUGCAGACAUGAUUGUGAGUCAAACUAAAAGAGCUGGAUUUGAAUGUUUGAUUCAUCGAUGACCAGCUCUCAGUGCGGUGCAUAUGGCAUUAUGGCAUUGUGAAAAGUUGCCCUUUUCUGUUUAAAAAAAUGACAUUUUGUAUUGUCUUCGUCCUGAUGGGCCACAUGUUUAUUACUGCUACCCUGUUUAGUCACCAUUGCCAAUUUCAAAAUGCUUCAUUGACACAUUCUGAGUGUGUUUUCACACUUGGUCCCUUUCAGCCAAUUUUUGGRAACUCAGUGCGGUUCGCUUAAUUUUGUUGUGUGCAGUGUGAACUCUCCAAAGGAACUCAGAACCCUCAAAAGAGUCCCCGAAGUGAAGUGAACUGAGACCAUCUCGAGAGAUUCCCUUUUGUAGGGCAAUGUGAACACAAUCUCCCCAGGUUCGCUUAUCAUUAUUCACGCACCACACACUAGACCACUGCAACACCAUUUCUCAAGACAUCACCCGUCACUUUGGUGCCACAAAAGAGAUGAUGUGCAGGUUUGUGGAAAAUAAUGUGUGCUGUUUUUGGAUAUUGAUUAGCGAUUGUCAAGGAUGUACAGACAUUCCGAAAUAUGUGUGGAGUUUUUAGUUCAGAUUAUUUGUUUGCAAUAUGUGAUCUAUAGGCUAAGAGAGAGCUGUUUAUUCGAUUGUGAGGUUUGAACAGUAUGAGAAGGCAACAACAUAUUUGGUGAGAAUCACAACAUAGGAGCUAGAAUUGAUUAUGUACCCAAAAAGAGCAGUAGCCUUGGGUGUACAAUUUUCAAUUACAGCCUUAUCUCCAGUUAUUCUUCUGCUAUUUAUUAUGUUACCAAUAAUAUGAACAUGUUAAUACCUUCUGAUUAUUAUUAUUAUGUCUCAUCUUUUAACUAAAUUAAAUAUAUUAGCUUCCAAAAUGUAAGUAGGUGUGUCUAGCUGUCCAAUAACAUUGAUGGAAUGGCUUGUCCUGCACUUUGUAAAAACCCAGAGUGCAUUGAGUGAAUGUUGAAAACAGGAACCAAAAUCUGUCUUAGCAAUGUGAAAGCAAAGACGACUCGGACGACAAAAUAGGGGAAGUGAACUGGCAAAAGUGUUUAGUCCUYAUUUAAAGGCAAGGGCAAUGUGAAUACAAAGAUAACUGAGUUCUUUAGAUUWUUUUUUUUUACCCUAGAGUUCACUUUAAAGAGGACUGAGAUUGGUUCUUUUCAAGAGGACUAAAUGUGAAAACACCCUAAAACAACACCAAAGUCACAGAAAAUCWAACUGCCUGAUCUACAUUUAAUACAAUAUUGAGAAGUUAUAUUUUCUUUGCUUUUGCAUGUUUCUAAUUGGAACAAACUUUAUCUG